GGUCUGCCUGGCUCGGCGUUGGGUACUUGAGCACCAUGGCCCUUUCCGUGCGCACAAGCGGUGGAUCCCGGCAAUUCUCUUCUCGGAGCGGGCUUGGCGGGGGAUCGCUGCGGAUGUCCAGUUCUGGCGGAGGAGGCUUUGGUGGCAGCGGGCUUGGGUUUGGUGGCGGAUCUGGUGGAGGUUUUGGUGCCGUUUCCCUGCUCGGUUCAGGCUCUGGCUUCAGUGGAGGCUUUGGGAGUAGCUCAGGUGGAGGCUUUGGGAGCAGCUUAAGCAGCGGCUUUGGUGGAGGCUUUGGCGGUGGUUUAGGCGGUGGCUAUGGAAGUGGCUUAGGCAGUGGCUUUGGUGGAGGUUUAGGAAGCGGUUUUGGCAGCAGCUCAGGCUCUGGUUUUGGAGGUGGCUUUGGUAGUGGCUCAGGAGCUGGUUUUGGAGGUGGUUUUGGCACUGUCGGUGCUGGGGAUGGCGGCCUUCUUUCUGGCUCAAAAAAAGAGACAAUGCAGAACCUCAACGACCGUCUGGCCGCUUAUCUGGACAAAGUGCGGUCUCUGGAGGAUUCCAACACUGAGCUGGAGCGCAAAAUCCGCGAGUGGUAUGAGAAAAACGGCCCUGGCACUUCUAUCCCUGGAUCUGGGAAUGACUACAGCAAAUAUUACCCUAUAAUUGAAGAUCUUCGGAACAAGAUCAUUAACACAACUAUCGACAACGCAAGAAUCAUUCUGCAGAUCGAUAACGCCAGACUGGCUGCUGACGAUUUCAGACUGAAAUACGAGAACGAAGUGGCUCUUCGGCAGAGCGUGGAGGCCGACAUCAACGGCCUGCGCAGGGUUCUGGAUGAGCUCACCUUGACGAGAGCUGAUCUGGAGAUGCAGAUCGAAAGCCUGAACGAAGAACUGGCCUAUCUCAAGAAGAAUCACGAAGAGGAGCUUCAGGGCAUCCAAAGCAGUGCAUUCGGUGAAGUCAGCGUUGAAAUGGAUGCUGCCCCAGGAACGGACCUGACCAAGCUUUUGAACGACAUGAGGGGCCAGUACGAGGUCAUUGCCGAGCAAAAUCGCAAGGAGGCUGAAGCGUGGUUCAACGAAAAGAGCGGGGAGCUGAAAAGGGAAAUCUCCACCAACACUGAGCAGCUUCAGUCGGGAAAGAGUGAGAUCACGGAUUUAAAGCGGACUCUUCAGAGCCUGGAAAUUGAACUCCAGUCUCAGCUUGCCAUGAAAAAAUCCCUGGAGGACACUUUGGCAGAGACGGAAGGAGGUUACUGCGCUCAGCUCUCACAAAUCCAGCUGCAGAUCGGGAACCUGGAGUCUCAGCUGGUUCAGGUCAGGGCUGACAUGGAGCGCCAGAACGCCGAGUACCAACAGCUCCUAGACAUCAAGACUCGUCUGGAAAUGGAGAUUGAAACCUACCGUCGCCUGCUGGAUGGCGAGUUUGUGAGUGCAGGACAGGGAGUUACACUUGAAAGCUCAUCCUUGUCAGGGUCCAAAUCACAAACACAAUCACUGGAUUCUUCUCAGGAUCCCAGCAAAACUAGGAAGAUCAAGACAAUUGUCGAAGAAGUGGUAGAUGGAAAAGUUGUUGCAUCCCACGUUAAGGAAGUCGAAGAGAAGAUAUAAAGGCACAAUCUGAUACUGCAAAGGAUCCAUUCACUCCAUAUUUCUUUCAAAGCCAAAAGGAUAAAUAAUUUUGUCCUUUUGUACGAAGUGAUAGAAAUAGGUUGGCUUUUUACAAAGGUUCUUUUACAUGAAACAAAGCCUGCAUUUUCGUUCUUAGCAGUCAUGCAAUAUAUUUUCUGCUUCAGUCUACUACUAUGACUUGUAUUAUUUUAAUGAUGUUUCUUAUCAUCAAUUCUUUGUUCAAUAACUAGAAAUAUGGUGCACACAUUAGGCAUUUAAUUAGAUAUGCUUUUUUGUAAUUUUUAGUAAUUAAUAGAUAAAAUAAUUUUGCUAUUCUAACAUCAUUUUCCAGUUUUCUUGACUAAUAAAAGGACUCAACAAAC